ACGGUCUCUCACUGUGUUCCGUACUGCAUGGUAGACCCAAGACUAUUUUUUUUUGCCCUUCAUCUCUAAGCCCAAAAAAGACACACAUUUCUUCACUGUUAAUUAAAAUCUGUGCUAUUGCUCAGUGCAGUCUUCUGUUUUUCUUUCUCCUUCCAGUCAACGCAGACUUACACUCUCUCUUUCUCCAGCUCUUGGAAGAUGGAUAACCAAGAUCCCAGAAAGAACCCUACGCACACACCAGGGCAUGAGAGCCAUGGAGUUUAUGUCUGUCACAAAUGUGGGUGGCCCUUUCCAAACCCACAUCCAAGUGCAAGACACAGGCGUGCACACAAGAAGAUCUGUGGGACUCUUGAAGGAUACAAGUUUGUUGACUCUGAGGAGACUCCACUCUCGGCCCUUUCUGACGAUGACCGUGGUUCUGAUGAAGAUCCUAAAACCCCUAGUCCCAAAGGUUUGGAGAGAGGUAUUAACGAGAGGGGUACUGGUGGAGUAGGGAGCAGAUCGAAUAGAUCAGAAGAUGAUGUUUUUACGGAUGCUAUCGCGGAAUUUCCUGAAAGCGGAUCUAGUCCGGUGACUGGAGAGCAUAUAAGGGAUGUUAAAGAACCAGGGAUUAACCUGGAAAUCAAUAAAGCCACUGCUCAAUCGUCCGAGGAUGGUUCAAUUACUGUUAUCAGUCCACCUCCAAGCAAUUCAGCUGACCACAUCCAAAUGCAAAGUACUGAAGUUCCAGUAACUAAUCUGCCGGGAAGUGCUCAAGAGUCCUCCCUAGAUCAUGGCUCGAAUGCUACCAUUGCCUCCACGACCAGAUCUUUAACAGAUUGUAGAGGUGAAGAAUCUGACUUUGAGCAUAGCCAUGAUAACGGAAGUUCUGCAUGGGACUCAAUCCCCAUCAAACCUGAAACACAAACAGAUGCAUCACAAGAGAAUAAGAAGAGUGGCACUGUCGAGGAUUUGCCAGAUACUGAUGCAAAAGGAAAUGAAGAAACUAAAUUAGAUAAACAGCUACUGGAUGUAGUGGUUUCAACCGAUGACAAUGCAGAGGAUGCAUCUGAGGUGGCAUCUGAGUCACAGAAGAUGGAGGAUGUAACUUCACAGCCUGUGCCUGCUGCAGAAGUCCUUCAAUUGAAGGAAGGAGGCUACACUGAUGAUUUAGCCUCUGGAAUGUCUUUAAAUGAUCUCUCCCCUGAAGUUAAUUUGGUUGAACCUGCGCAUUCUUCUAUUUCCACUGCUCAGAUCGAGGGGGAUACUCAAGAAAUCGACUCUGCUGUUUAUGUAAAUUCAGCUGUGAGUUAUGAUAAUAAGGGAGAAGGAAAUGGAAAUAUGCAUGUGCUUAUACUUCCCAAUGACAUAACUGUAGUUGCUGAUGCUGAGAACAUGGUUAAAGGUUUUAAAGACCUUGAAGGAUGGAAAUUGCCCCAGCCUGUGAACAUGGAUUCGUUUGAAGUAUCUAACAAUGUUAAGGAUUCUGACCUUGAGAACAAUCCUCAGGGUUUUAACUCAAAGCCAUUGACUGAGGACACCAAAGUCUCUGCAUCCAAUAUGCAUGUUUUGAAUGAUAACCUUGAACCAAAAGAUGGGACCAGCCAGCAUAUUGUUGAAGAAUUGCCUGAUGAAGCAGAAGCUGAUGUGGCCCAGAGAUCAGAAGUUAGUGUAACAGAUGUUGUGACAGGUGACUUGGAGAAGAGCAUUUCUGUUCACUCUACUGUAGAAGAUGUACCUCGUGAUCAUUGUGAAACUUCAUCUCUGACGAGUUCUGUAGAGCAUGCUACAAAAGUCAUAUCUGAUACUAACACUGUGGUUGUGCCAAUGGAUGCUGAAGUCAGGCGGACAAACUUAAUUGGCAUGGAUGAUACUGGUAAUGAUGAAAAGGAUAAAAUUGAAAGUUCUGAAGUAGGAGAAAAUGACAAAAACAAAAGAAAUGCAAAGGAGAGUUUUGCAGAAAACAGGAUACCAACUUCUAAACAUGCUAGUAUUUCCUCUGAGCAAGCUGAUCAAAGGAACAGCGAACUUGGAGAUGUCAAAGCUGCUGGUCUUGAAGAGGGUAAGAUAGAAAGAUGCAAUGUGUCUGAAAUUGUAACAGAAGGUGAUUCUGUAUCUGGAUUGGGGGAGGAAAAUCUCUUGAGGGAGCCAAAAACAACACCUGAAUCUGCUGUAAAUGUCGAAUCCUGUUUUACCUUGGAGAAUGAUAUUAAUGUGUGUGAGGGAAAGUUGCCACAACUUGCUAGUAUUCCCUCUGAACAAGCUGAUCAAAGGAACAACGUACUUGGAGAUGUCAAAUCUGCUGGUCUUGAAGAGGGUAAAAUAGAAAGAUGCAAUGUGUCUGAAAUUGUAACUGAAGGUGAUUCUGUUUCAGGAUUGGGGGAGGAAAAUCUCUUGAGGGGCCCAAAAACAACACCUGAAUCUGCUGUCAAUGUCGAAUCCUGUUUUAUCUCAGAGAAUGAUAUUAAUGUGUGUGAGGGCAAGUUGCCACAACAUGAACACACGGAUAUAGGUGGAGAUUUGGAUCCUCAGGAAAGCAGAAAGGAACCUGAAAGCAAUGGUAUGGCCAAUCAACAAGUUGAGCGUGCUGGUGAAGUUAGUGCAGCUGCUGAAUCAGAUAGUGGUGGAGAUGCUGAGGUAUUAUGGAAGUCUUCUGAAGACAAAAUGGCGAGGGAGCCUCUAGUUUCUCCUUCAGAACCUUCAUCUUCCCUUCAAAAUUCUUCCCCUGUUGCAGAUAAUCUGGCCAUAGAUGUUCUCGGAGUUGCAUCUGGGAACACAACUGAGUCUUUGCCUCAUGAAGGUGAUAAUAACUUAGUUGCACAACAGGUUGUUGCAUCUGCUACUGACUUUUCAGUUGAUUCAAUUAGCCAAACUGAUAGUUUGGAAGGUCACUGGGGUUCCGUUUCAGUGCUUUCUACCAUAUCGGAUAUACCGGCUAUUCUUGAUGCUGAGCCUUUGCCAUCAAAUGGUUCCCAAGCAUUAUCAGAAGCAGAGAAAGCCACCUUGAAGAAGCCGAUAGCUGCUUCUGAGACAGAACAUGCUGAUAAAUCAGAUAUUUUUGAUCCCCCAUCAUUCAUGACACUGGUUGAACCUAGAGAUGUGGUUAACCAGAAAGGUGCUUCAUUUGAAAGCCAGACAACACAGGACCCGCAACAGCCAAAAGCUGCUUCUGUACAAGCUGGUUGGUUUCCUUCCAUCACCAAUGUUUUGAAUGAGUCACAGGGGAGAAAGAAGAAUGAAGAGAUUAUUGCCAAGGUCACAAACUGGAGCACCGGGGAUCAAUGCCCUUCUCUGAGGAGCCCACAACAUGCUCCUUUGAAGAGCCUUUUGGGCGAGGCAAGCAUGGAAACCAAAUCCAAGAAACUAAAUGCUAAGGAAAUCCCAGUUGAAAAAGAUGGCCCUGCAGCUAAAGAUAACGGUGCUUUGCCUAAAACAGUGAGCUCCAUUCUGGCUCCCCAAGAACCUGUAGGGGAGCCUGCCAAGGAGGAAGAGAACGCAUGGAGUUCUCCAGCAAGGUACCCUGCAGAUAUUAAGAGAGAGAAGAGGAAAGUCAAGGGAAGACCAUACUGGGCACAAUUUGUUUGCUGCUCGUCUGUAAAUUAGCGUAGUUAAUGCCCUAGCUAUAUAAUAUAGAAAUGUUUGAUGCAUGUGGGAUUUACCCCACCGAACUAGCUAUAGUAAAGACUCUUAAAUCUAGUAGACAUUGCUAAUGUCUUUUUAGUAGAUUUUUUUAAAAUCAGGGACUGAUCCAA